UUUGCCAUUGGACCUUGAACUCUUGGACAGGCUGCCCUCUGUUCCGUAGAGUGACCGGACAACUUCGACAAUAUAAUCAACCAAAGAUACGACUCGAUAUCUGUGGACAAUCUUUAUUGAUAGAAAUCAUUUCCAGACCAGGGACACGGCAGAUAUGGGAGCUAACUGGAGAACUUGCAACAUGCCGGGCAAGAAGCCACCAACGGCGGGCACCAUCUUCUCCACCUUCAUCUUUGGACUCAUCUUCAUCGCCGUGGUACCGGGGCCGACUAACGGUGCAGAAGAAAACAUCCCCCAGGCCCUCCUGCAGAUACUCGCGGACCAGCCAGCCACAGACACUGUAAACACCAACCAGGCUACGGAGGCACGCCUGCUGGACAACGUAGCAUCACAACUGAAGAGUCUGGAAGCGCGUGUACAAGCUCAGGAAGUACUCAUGUUGGACAAGCUGCACAAGCUGGAGCGGGAUAUGGAAGAAGCGAAACUGAAGGCCCUGGAAGCACGUAUAGUGGACAAGCUGGACAAGGACGCCACAGAAGCAAAACAUCAGGCGCUGAAAGGACGCGUGGAUCAGCUGUAUGAAGUAGCCGGAAAACGUAAGGUAGCGUUCUCAGCAUCACGAGGUGACAUCAAAAAAGAUGACAAGUUGGUCUUCGGCAACGUGUACGCCAACACGGGUGGCGCCUACGACAGCAGCACAGGUGUCUUCACAGCCCCCUGCAAGGGGGUCUACUUCUUCACCUUGACCUACCACAAAAAAGAUGGCAACAUAGAUGUUGGCAUGUAUAGGAAGAUGGGCACCCAGGAGAGCAAGUGGAUUAUGGGGGUGAUAAACUACGUCUACAACAACCACCACAGUGGCACCAGCAGCAGGAUCGUAGAACUGGAGCAGGGAGAAAGCGUAUUUGUCAAGCCUUACGGCGACCAUGACAUGGAGACAACUCCUAAUCUGUUCGGAUAUACCGUUUUCAGCGGCUUCCUCAUUGAUCCCAUGUAGAGUCGAAAGUGGGGGGCAUCCAUCCGCCAUAUUAUCGAUACCCGGCAGGGCUGUCACCGUUGCUUUUAAUAACGAUAUUUGAUUCAAGGAUGAUGUUUGUUCAUUGACAACAGUACCAUGGGAAAUGAUUCAGUAACUUUGUAGCCAAAAAUCAUCUUUAAAUGAUUUUUCGGUUGAAUAAAUGAAUAAUGAGUCUACUGUAAAAAAAAAACAAGCAAACAACAAUGAAUGGCGCAUCUUCAUUCAUUCA